CGUUCACUGUUAUAUGUAGUGUACACUAUACACUCUACAAUUCAGUUAAAAAUGUAACUUUCGAAUUUUAUUCUUUCAGUUUAUCUCUUGUAAAAAAAGGAAGAAAAAAUGCCCAAGGUUCAAUCUGAAAACUGGGUGAAUAUCAGUGAAACAAAUUUAGAUAAAAAGGAGGAUGCGUCUGGAAAUGGCAAUUCAAAAAGCAAUGCUACCCCAGCAGAUGAAGAUAUUGAUGCUCAUAAAUCUUCUGUCUGUGAGAGCCCUGAAGAGAAGAAAUCUCCUCAUAUUAAAGAUUUUAACGAUAUGCUUCAAGCUGUUGGUUCAUGGGGGAGGUUCCAGAUUGGUUUAACUAUUUUCUUCUUUCCCUUUAAUCUGUUCCUUGGUUAUGUUUACCUCUCCUCUAUUCUCAUCAAUUUUGCUCCUCCACAUUGGUGUAAGGUGAAUGAGUUAAUGAAUCUGAGUAUGGAUACUAGAAUAAACCUGUCUAUACCUAAGGACAAGGAUGGGUACAGCAAGUGUACUGUAUAUCAUACUAAUUGGGAACAGGUGUUGGAGGAGGGGUUAACAGAGCCGGAUCCAACAUGGACACAGAUUGCUUGCUACGAUGGUUGGGAGUAUGAUAUAGAAAAUUACCACAGAACUAUUGUGACAGAUUUUGACUGGGUUUGUGACGAUGCCUGGAUUCCAGCAUUUUCUCAGGCAAUGUUCUUUAUAGGUGCUAUACCAGGAACCCUGGGGUUUGGUUAUAUGUCAGACCAUUAUGGCAGGGUACCAGCAACACUAGUCUCCAACAUGUUGGCGAUGGUUUCUGGAUUAGUUACACCCUUCACUACAAACAUGGCGUCAUUCCUCACCCUUAGAUUCCUUAUGGGACUAUCAUUUGAAACCAUGUUUUCUUCUCCUUAUAUACUUACUUUGGAGUAUGUUGAUGAAUCUAAACGUACUCUGGUGGGUAACCUAGGUUUAGCCCUCUUCCUUACCAUCAGUGGUAUUUAUCAACCCUGGUUGAUUAAAGGGGUUGGAGACUGGAAACCUUUCUCCUGGAUAAUAUUCUCCCAGAUGGCUCUUGCGGCAGCAGUUCCGUGGGUUAUGCCUGAGUCUAGUAGAUGGUUGAUGUCUCAAGGCAAGUCUGACAAAGCAGUUGAGGUUAUGAGAAGGAUUGCAAGGAUAAAUAAAAAGGAGGUCCCUGAAGAAGUUUUUGAGUCUUUUCGAACUCUUUGUACCAAAGAACAGGAAGCUGAGGGGUCAGAAAAUAAGAAGAAGAACUUAACAUUCCUGGAUUUAUUUCGGCACAAAAAUCUACGUAAAAUAACUAUUUUAAUAAUUAUUCUUUGGAUGGUAACAGCACUCGUCUUCGAUUCAACAGUCAGGAAUGUUGAGAAUUUGAACUUUUCAAUUUAUAUUUCGUUCAUGAUAUCAACAGGUCUAGAGCUACCAGCUGAUCUGCUUUCUAUUAUUGGAUUGGAAUAUAUGGGGAGAAGGUGGUCUGCUUUUCUUUCUUUAGGGCUAGCUGGCCUUUUCAUGCUCCUUACUAUACCAGCGUUAGGAAAUGUUUGGGUUGCCGGAGUACUAUCUAUGAUGGGAAGGUUUUGUGCAACCUAUGCUAUGAACACAGGCUUCCAAUUCACCGUAGAGGUGAUGCCUACAGAACUACGUGGUCAGGGAACUGCUCUAGCAAGUAUAAUGUCCAUGGCUGCUCAGAUAGCUUCUCCGUACAUAGUGUUUUCGGCCUCCAUUGAUCCUACUUUACCCUUCUACUUGAUCGGUGUACUAGGAAUACUUGGAGCUAUACCAGGACUAUUCUUACCAGAAACUGCAGGAACAAACUUGCCAGAUACAAUUGAAGAAACACAUCAGUAUGGAAGAUUGGAUAAUUUCUUCUGGUUUCCCUUAAUGGGACCUAAAAGAAGAUAUAAGAUAUCGAAAGAGGUUGGAGGAAAGGUGAUAAGUUCUGAAAAUAAAGCGUACAUGAAGACAAACUUAGAAGAAAAUAUUCCGGAAGAACAGUCGGAGGAAAAACCUGAUGAAUCUGGAAAAAAUAUGCAAGAUAAAUCUAACGAAAAUGCACAAAAUAAAUCUGCAGAAACUGUACAAAAUAAAUCUGCAGAAACUGUACAAAAUAAAUCUGCAGAAACUGUACAAAUUAAAUCUGCAUAAACUGUACAAAAUAUGUCUCAAGGAAUAAAGUAAAAAUUGUGAUGAAAGCAUUUAAAUGAACUCUUCCACACAUAUAUUAUAUCAGUUGGCAAUAAAUACAUUAAAUAUA